GCCCUCGCCUCUCCGAUGGAGGAGAUUGGGGCUCCGGGGGGCUCCUCCCCCUCGGGCGGCCGCGGAGGCCCCGCCCCGGCCCCGCCCUCCCCUCGGCGCCGCCGCCAACCCGGCUCGCGCCACGACGCAGGCCCCGCCCCUCUGGCGCGCUCUCUUCCCGGCGGCGGCGGCGGCGGCGCCUCCAUUUUCUGCUCCUCCUCCUCCUGGACGUCCGCAAACUGCUGCCGCCCUCAGGCCCCUCAGCAGCCGCUGCCGCCGCCGCCGCUCCUGCUGCAGCAGCGCCGCCUCCGCGGGGAGAGAGGAGCCGAGGCCUCCGCGGGCGCGACGACGACGACGCCCUCCUUCUGCCUCCUCAGCACCUCCAGCCGCAGCCGCCUCCUCCUCUUCGCCGCAGCCAUGAACGAGGAGUACGACGUGAUCGUGCUGGGAACCGGCCUGACGGUGAGCGGGGCCGGGGAGAGGCCUCCUCGACAGGCCGCCCUCCUCGCCGCCUUCUUCCGCCCUUCCUCGCCCCUCGCGGCCUCCCCGCCUCCCGACUCACCUCAGCUUUUUGGUCGGGUUGCUCCCUCAUUUAUUUUAUAUAUUCCUCACACAGACGGCCUAUGACGUGUCUCCUUCUCUCCCCCCCCCCAUCAGGAAAAAACAAAAUAAUAAUAAUAAUAAUAAUAAUAAUAAUAUAAUAACGACAAUAGGAGGCAAGGACCAGCCGCCUGAGAAACAGUUUCUAUCCAAAUGCGAUUUUUGGAUUUAAACGCAGUGUAAGGUCUUUAUGGGAGUAUAUUGUAUUUAAUUAUGGGGUAUCAGAGUUUCCAGGGGGUUAACCAGGCUGGGAUAGCAGGGGUUUUGAAUGUCUGAUGUGGAUUUUUAAAAUUUCGUUGUUCUGUAUGGGACAAUGACAAUAAAGAUUAUCGUAUCGUAAUAAUUUUUAUUAUUUCUGGCUGGGUUCCCCCAGCCACCCUGGGUGGCUUACAGCACGUAAAAAAUAUACUAAAACAUAAUUAAUAAUAAUAAUAAUAAUGUAAUGGUUUUGCAUACGAAAUAUGCCUGAGGAUUUUUAUUUUUUGGUACUGCCCGCCAAAUGUCACUGGAUCCAAAGGUCCCCCCCCCCCCCGCCUUCUAUUUCCUUCCACGCCUUUUAACUUCUUUCUCCUCGCGAUACUUUUAUUAUUUCUACCCCGCCCAUCCAACUGGGUUGCCCCAGCCACUCUGGGCAGCUUACAGCACGUAUAAAAAAAAACCAGAAUAAAACGUUACACUUUAAAAAAGCUUCCCUGCACAGGGCUGCCUUCUCUGGGUCGUUUGGCAUUUGCAUUUUUGGGUCGCUGGGGGGAGAAAGAGCCGCUUGUCCAUCUUUGGGGGCGCUUUAUUUUUGGGGGGGGUGGGGGUCGCCUCCAGCGGUUUCCCUGUCUCAGUUCAUUUCCCUCCAUUACAGGCUUUGCUCCUUAUUUUUCUUUUUUUAAAAAAGGAAACCCCAAGCCUUAAUUUGCUCCUCUCGCUGAAUCUGUGCCAUCUUUGUUCAGAGCUUCAAUCUCCCCACCUUAACUGUUGUGCCCCUCUUCCUUUUUCUUCUUUCUCUCCCCCCCCCCAUGUUUCUCCUUAGGGGUCGCUGCUGCCUUUGCCUUAACCUAAUGCAUUUUUUCCUCUCCUGACAAUUCCACGCUGGCCUCCUUUUCUCUAGGUGUAUUGAUUUUUUUUGUCCUAUCAUAACUCAGCUUACACGUCUCAGUGCUGCUUCCAAUCUCCCAUUGCCCAUUUUGCAUGCGUGUCCCUCUUCUCCCCUUCUGGGGGCACUUACCUUUGCUCCUGCCCCCCCCCCCCAGGGCUGGCCCAUUAGCACAAAUGGGACGCUGCCUGCCCCACAGACCUCAUUCUGCCCACAGCCAGCCCCUUCCUGCUCGUAGUCUUACUGGCAUCCAGCCCACUCACUGACUGUUAGCUUCCUCCUCUUUAGUCUCAGUGUUGCCUUUGUAGAAUUCAGUAGGAAACAGAAGGGACCAAACCAGAAUCACUAGGCUCCGCCUCUUCAUUAUCUCUGGCUCCACCUACUGUUGGCCUCCCUCCCUUCCACUCUGCCAGUCCCCCAUGGGCACCAGGCACCCUUGGUUUUUGGCGCUGUGGGUUAAACCACAGAGCCUAGGACUAGAAGGUCGGCGGUUCGAAUCCCCGCGACGGGGUGAGCUCCUGUUGCUUGGUCCCUCCUCCUGCCAACCUAGCAGUUUGAAAGCACGUCAGAGUGCAAGUAGAUAAAUAGGUAUCACUCCGGCGGGAAGGUAAACGGCGUUUCCGUGCUCUGCUCUGAUUUGCCAGAAACGACUUAGUCAUGCUGGCCACAUGGCCCAGAAGCUGUAUGCCGGCUCCCUCGGCCAGUAAAGCGAUAUGAGCGCCGCAACCCCAGAGUUGGCCACGACUGGACCUAAUGGUCAGGGGUCCCUUUACCUUUACCUUUAUCCUUGGCUGUAGCCACCCAUGAAGUAUUGCUCUUCAACUAAAGGCCCAUCUAGUCCAGCAUCCUGUUUCUCACGAUAGCCAACCAGAUGCAUCUUGGGAAGCCCUCAAUCAGGAUCUGAGUGCAAUAAUCCUUUCCUGGUGUUUCUUUCGGCAGAAACCUGCUGCCUCUGAGCAUGGAAGCUCCACAUAAUCUUCCUGAUCUGUAGCUCUUGAUAGGCCUCCAUGUCUAAUGCCAUUUAAGGUGAUGACCAUUAACCACAUACGAUACGAUAAUCUUUUUUGUCAUUGUCCCAUACUGAACAACGAAAUUGAAAUCUACAUCAGAUAUCCAAAACCAACAAGCCUGCUAUCCCAUUUUGUGGCAGUGAAUUCCAUAAGUUAACUAUGUGCUAUGUGAGCUCACCUGCUGUGCAUCUUUAUUUAGCGAAGAGCGCCUAGCCAUUGUACUCCUUUCUACCUGGCAUUCUUCCCCUACCAGUCUUAGUAGUAGUGACAUCCCCUUUAUUUGUCAGCGGUGCCAUGUUCUGCAGGUGUCACUCCACUGCUCCUCUGAUUCGCCACCCCAUAUUGCUCUUGCCAGUUCUGUCCCCAUCCCUUUUCCCAGGUAUCUUUGGUAACAGUGCUUCCCUGAAAUGAAAUCUCUAAAUUCAGCCCCCUGUCACCUCUCACUUACCUUGUGCAUGUCUCCCUUCCCACUCACCUAUCCCAUGACCCUUUCUUCAGGGCACUGAUUAUAUCUUGUCACAUUCUUACUUGGCGCCCUCUUGCCCUCCAAGUGGCAUUCUUAAUUUCUUGCCCUUGUCUCUUCCCUUAUGUCCUUUCCUCCCCUUUGUUUCAUCCCCCUACCAUUUUCUUUUAGCCUUUGGGCUUUGUUUUAUUAUUAUUUUUGACUGCCUCUAAAUGUCAUGUUAAUUAUUUCCCCUAUAUUUCCCUUUAUUGCACAUGCUUUUCUUGCUUACCACUGUCUUACUACUUAAUUCUCCCAGUCAUGGCACUGCUAUUCUCUUUUCAUCCUCCUUUUUACUCCUUCUCUCUCAUGACCCCCCUCUUUGCCUCUGUUCUCAUCCUCUGUUCUCUUCAUACCAAAUCCUCUUUGUUACUGCUCCAGAAAGAUCAAGGUCAUCCCCUCGGAUACCACUGUUUUAAUUCCAUACUUGACGCACAUCUCUGUGGUUUCACAGUGCUCACCACGUCUUCUAACCAUGUUAAUUUGUCCUUUUCUUUUAACAUUUCUUUACAUCUCUGUUCCAUUUUCAUAACAUGCAUCUGCUUUUCCUUCAGGGCAGCAUACAUGACCUUAAAUCAGGCUUCCUCAACCUCGGCCCUCCAGAUGUUUUGAGACUACAAUUCCCAGCAUCCCUGACCACUUGUCCUGCUAGCUAGGGAUCAUGGGAGUUGUAGGCCAAAAACAUCUGGAGGACCGAGGUUGAGGAAGCCUGUCUUAAAUCCUACUCAGUCACCCUGAGAGGAACUGAUAGACCACUUUGUGCUACAUAUGUAGGAUAAAAGUGGGUUACAGAUUUUUUUGAAUGACCCAAGACUUCCUGGUUUGAUUCAAGACUAUGUAGAGAUUUGAACAUGUAUUUCAAACCCUGAUCUCACAUGUCCAAGAAUUUAACCAUUGGCUCUUGCUUUACAGCCCUACCUUCCUGCCUGAGUCACAUGACAUCUCCUCUAGUUCUUGUUUGACUCUUUCCUUUAGGCCUGGCUCUGUUAUGUUUUCCCCAGGCCUAGCUUUUUCUUACAUGCCUUGACUCCUUUUCCCAUUCAGAAUGUUUGUAGCUUCUCUCUUCUUCCCAGAUCACAUCUAUCUCCUGACCCUUACCUGAUUGUUAGCUCCUUCAUCCUCUUACUUCUCUGGUUUGCUUUUAUGGUGCUUUCCUCUUUGCCCUGUCAGGUCCAUGUAGCAUAAUAUUGUCAAUGGCUCUCCAGGGUUUGAGGCAUCUGGAGAUACCUGGGAUUGAAUCUGGGACCUUCUUCAUGCUAAGCAGAGGCUUUGCCAUUGAGCUAUGGCCCUGUCCUCCUUUCCUACUGUCUAGAAUCCCCUUGAAACUUCACUUUCAGUGGUGUCCUUGCUCUCCCCUGCCCAGCCCAGCCCCUUGGCUUCACUCUUUCCUGUGGCUAGUCUCUUUGAAAGAAGGGUCUUCCUUCCAAAUAGCCAGGUAACAUCUUAAUCCUUAUUCACUUGGUGCUUGUCAUAAACUGAGCUCUUGCCACAAACUCAACUAUUUACAUCAGCUAAUAUGACAAGAGGAGGAGCUUGUUUAAAUUUGGGGGAGGAGUAAAUCGUGCUUCUCAACUAUUGAUUCUUGCCUUGCUGAUUACCGCUACCCUUUUAAAUUGUCAUUGCCUUUGGGGAUUACAAUCUCAAAUUGACACCAUCUUCUCGCUUGGACACCCUUUCUGUGAAAGGGAAUCGAUGGUCAGCACCUCCCCAAAAAAGCAUGUUUGCCUUAAUUUGGCAGUAAUGCUGUCUUCCAUGUUUGAGGUGGCUUGAUGCUGGAAUAUGAAUUUGACGUGGUAUAGGAGGCUUUAGCCUCUAUUGUUUUGUAGCAAACCAAUUUUCUAAUUGUCACUGGUGGGUUAACUUGGGUUCUGGGAAGCUGGAUUUUAGCUGGCAUUUAAAACAACCCUGCUACUGUUCACCAUAAUCUGCAGGUGGGUGAGUUUUGAGAAGAUGACUUUUUGUAGCCUUUUAUGAUCUGAAAUGGGGAGCUGCCUGCAAGGAGAGCUACCUGAAAGUUGCUGUAUAGGGCAUCGUAUCUAAAUGGUGGCAGCCUCGUAUCUAAAUGGUGGCAGUCACAAUGUAGACCAGUCACCUGAUCUUUCAACAACCCUGUGUGUGUUCUUCUAAUAAAAUGGCUUUUCUCCCCCUCUUCCACUGAUGGCUUACCAAUUUCAGUUCUUGUAGUAGAUAUCAGUUCUGAACAAAUGAUGGAUGGCAAGACAUAAGAUGAGAGAAGGCAUUGUUCUGUUCAGGGGAGAAAUUAAAUAUGGCUCUGAAUGAAUGUGUGCUUCCUGUGAUUGUUGAAGCCAGCUUUUUCCUGCUUUUGUUUUCCAAAGCUUUGCUGGUUUGGAGGGAUAGAACAAGAGAUUUUUGCGUUUUGGCUGUGAAACAUGCUUUGCAUUCCUCUCUGACUUUGAAGGCCCCUGGGUGUAAUUCUGCUAAGAGCUGUGUGUGUUUCCAGUGCUUUAGUGCUUCUGUGGUUACCAGCUGUGUGUCAUGAUUGCAGACUGCCGAAAGAAGGGCGUGGGUAAUAAAUGGAGUCUGCUUGGGCUCAGGUUAGUUACCCAGUGGCAUUCAUUUUGCCAUGUGCAUUAGUACAGGCCUGCCAUCCAGAAACAAGUGAACAACACAUGGAGAAAGCUCAGAGACUGCUGUUGAAGCUGCACUAUGAGCUUCUGUCUAUGUAUGUGGCAGGAAAGCCCUUUCUCAUGCUUGGGUGCAUGUUGGACUGAAUUUUGACCUCUUGGGACAUAGCUUGCUUGUGGUUUCCUCUGUUUUCUAAGGAAAUGCUGAAUGAGACAAACAAAAAUGUUUCAGCAUAAUUCUAGCAGGUAGAACCCUUGCAUUCACUUAUCUGUUUACAAGAUUUAAUUGCUGUAACCUCAUUGUCCCUUGUCUAGCAGAGCUUGACUUUGAAAGACUUAAGGGUUUUGUUGGGUAUGAACACUUUAGACAAAACGGCUUUCCUUGACCAAAAAUUGCAGCUAAGUAAAGUAUCUGACACUUCACUUCAUUUAUUAUAAAUGAAAAAGCCUUGUGUUUAAACAGGAUAUAUACACUUAAAAUAAUUAGUUGUUCUGCAUAAUGAAGCUUGCAUUUCUGAAAUCUGGGCUGUCAGUCAACUCUUAAACUCCUUAUCUUGGAACUGAAAACAGGUACACAUUGGAGCUUUCAGCCAACACUCUUCAAGCUUUGAAAUACCCUAUUUUGUUGGCUUUGUCAGUGAACUGGGCAUCUUUAUAAAGAACUGAACCAGUCAAUCUUAACUAAGAAGUUUUUGCAUUAGCAAAGCUUAGUUCUACUACAGCAUACAGUAUUUCAAAUGGGCCAAGGAAUCGGAUUGUGCAGUAACAUAACCCUAUUCCUUGCACUUCAUUUAAAGCCUUUUAUGAAGGUGCAAAAAGCUCUUAAAUCUUUCUUGCCCCUGAGCCUGUUCUUUGUUGCGUUUAAAACAUUUAUAUAUGACUUUUAGUUCUUAAGAGUGGUUGAACAGGAAUGGGAGGGAGGGGGUAGAUAAUUUGCCAGGCCUACCCAGUUAGUUCCUUGCAGAUCUGAAACUUGAAUCUAGAUUAAAGUCCAUCAGCAGUCAACUUUCAGAUAUCUGAAGUAGGAAAUAUUUCAAAGGGGUGAAACUCACCACAAUUGGGAGGAAGCCUGAACUCUGUGCAGCUUCUUUAAGAGGAAAUGGGGAGAUGUAACUGGGCUGUAAGCCUCAACUGCAAACCUUGGGAAUGGUGCAAUACUGUUCUGCAAUCUGUGCGUAGUUCCUCCUUGGCAAUUUGACCUCCAUUCGCUCACCAGUUCUGUAUUUGAUUUGAGCCUCAAACUUUUGAUGUGUCUUCAUGUUCUUGCUACACCCCAGGAGCAGUGCUGCUUAGGGUGACGAUUACCAGUUUUAAAAACUGCACGUCUCUAUGUGGUGUUACUAGUUCAAAGUGCUGCUCAGAGUUCUCACUAGUUUUUAUAGAGGCUUACCUUGAAAACAACUGAAGAAAAUAAGAGUGGGAUUUCAGCCACACUGGCAAGAGAGGCCAUCGUGAGUAUUCAAACCUCCCUAAGGCAACUCUUGACAAAGGCUACUUAAGUUCUACAUCUCUAGGCAUCAUGCUUUGUUGUGGUCUUCAGGACUGAAAUCAUGAUGUUUGAUCAUGGGCUGCAGAUCUAGGCUGGAAUGCUUGUUGUGCCUCAGGAAGCUUAUUGCCACUUCAGUAGCAAGAAUCUGACCACCGUGUCCGUCAAACAACACUUGCUACAUUUGAUGGGUAGAGAGAGAGACUUCAGCAGUAGCAUUCUUGCAUAAAUGAUACGCAGUAGUACAGAUUACUGACUUGCAGGUUCAUUGGUUUGGUGGCAUUACUUGGAAGUGGAGGACGUCACUGCAGCUAGACCGGCAGCCCAGUGAAACAUAAUAAACUUUAUAAACACAUUGUUGGUCAGGGAAUGAGUUUUGUAGCCAACACAUCUGUCUCCAACAGGAAGAAGAGAGCCAGCUUACAUAAACAGUUGUGUGUGAAGUACAGAGAUCCACACGAUUUGAGCUUGCCAGGUUCCUGUCUCUUUGCCGCAGGCAUGGGCCACUGUGUAGCCAAAGGAGGCAGAACAUUCUAGCGUGUCCAUGUGUGGCUCCCUGGUUCCUGGUGAGGUUGCCGUUUUGGCCUUGCAUGACUGGGCUACUCCAGGUCCACAACAGUCAAGCAGUCCCCCAGCCUUCUUCUCAACUUUGGAGAUCUCAGCAUUGUCACACACACUGUGGCGAUCAAAAAGCUGAAAGCCCAUUUAAGCAUAUAAACUCUCGACUAGAAGUCCCUGAUGCAAACUUAGAAAUCACUCUACAAAAUACAGAGCUGCAACAAAUAGCUACAGUGCUUAUCUUGAUUCUGGGCAAAAUGUCUAUAUAGCCUGCCUUUCAAGCUCCCAUUCUGGCUGGUCUGUGAGGGAACCCUGUGCUUAUGCACACCUACCCAAAGUCGUACGUGCACAUGUUUCAUUCAACAGAUUGCAAAAUGCAUUCUGAGUAUUUGGUUCCAACUCAGCAGUAGACCAAAUAGAACCCUUCUGAGUUGUAGAGAGGGACCUCCUAGUAAAAACUGCAACUGCUGCUGCAACAGUUUUGCACCAAAAGCAGUCAUUAUUUCACCUGGCAGUGUAGUGCCAUGUUACCAUGUCAUGCAGAUGGUCUUGGAGUUUUUGUUGGAUGCCAGCAGCUCCAUGAUGGCUGGUAUUGUGGUGCCCACAUUUCCACCAAAGUCCUACCUGUGACGUUGGCAUAUGUCAAAGAUUUCACAGUGUACAGUGGUACCUCUGGUUGCGAACGGGAUCCGUUCUGGAGCCCUGCUCACAACAUGAGCAGAAUGCAACCCGCGCGUGCGCAGGUCACAAUUCACUGCUUCGGCGAAACCCGGAACUAACCCUUUCCGGUACUUCUGGGUCACCUCAAGACGAAACCUGAAAAGAUUUAACCUGAAGCAAACGUAACAAGAGGUAUGACUGUAAUUGUAGCUACAACAUGAUGCAACCGUGUGUGUAGUAUUCACCGGACUAUCUAUAUGUUUUCCCCUUCCCAACUAUCUUGUGCUUCUCCUUUAUGGGGAACUUGUGGCAUUUGGAGUAUUUGCUAAAGAGCUGAGAACCUCAUAUAACUGGCCCUGUCAGCUACAAAGGAAGAAAUCCGGUCAGAACUUAAACUGUGAUGCGGGCUUGCAGAUAAUUUUUAAAUGGGAUUAGCAGUGUACGUGCUGUUGAUCCCACAGCUUGUCAGAUACAAGAUGUGUUCAAAAUAUAAAUGUUAGUAGUUUACAUUUUGCUCCCCCUCUGCAUUUGGGUGUAUAGUAGGUUGUUGAAGUGAUUUCCUAUUUUGCUAGUACUUAUAGAUAAGUCAAUAGAAGCAUAUGGCAGGAUCCUGUCCUGACUGUUGCUCCUUAGCUGAAUUAGCAGAAAACCAACUACUUUUCCUUGUUUGUGAGAAGGGAUCCCAAUGCAACUGUGUAUAAUGGGGGAGGGGCUAACUUCUAUCAGCAUGGCUGAUGGGAGUUGUAGUUCAACAAUACCUGGAGGCCCAUAGGUUAGCUAAUAAUCUACAGCCGUGGAUCCCAAGUAGCUAAGUACUGUGAACCUCCUCCUUUUCAAAAGCCAAACCAUGGACCCUUUUGAAAAUGUUGAUACCUCUUGUGUAGUUUCUGUUAUGUGAAUGAUGCCACAGACCCCCUGAGUGGGGUCCGUGGACCACCAAUUGGGAGUCAACUGAUCUAUAGUGCAAUCCUAACAACGUCUAGUGGGAGGCAAGUGUUGUUGAACUCAGUGGGGCUUACAUCUAGGGAAAUAGGAUUAGGAUUGCAGCCUUAAUCCCUCUCACAGUAGUAACAUUAAUCCAGUGCUGUGGCUUUGGGUUGAGGAAUGUACCAGUCCCAUUGUUUCUUCCGCGGACCUUUGUCAUACAAGCAGCCCACUUGCCUGGAAACUUCCUGCUUGUGCGGCUAACCUCAAUAACCGUUUUAUCUCAUGCCCUUGGUGUAAAGGAAGCUCUAUCUAAAACUGGUAUAUCCAUCCAUCUUUACCUGUAAAACCCACUAGCCACGAUGCUGUUGGCAAACAAAUAGAACAGGAACUCUGACUUCUUUCACAAGAGAGAGCUGCCUGAGAGCUGCUAUCAUGUCUUGCGGAGUGAUUUUUUUUGUUUGCUGAAUUUUCCUCCAGCAGCUUCUUCCAGUGAAUUUUGCUGCUCUCCUAAUAAUACUCUGUUCUUAGGACCAAGCUCUGUGUUUGCUUGUAAUUGUGGAAGGCAUUGGAUGAAUAUAAGCAAGGAUUAAAAUAUCUAACCUGUAGCAUGUGCUGUAAAGUUAGAAUAUAGACUGCCCUAGGAUCAGUCCUAAUUACAAGCCUAGCUCCACUUUUUAACUGAAAACAUUUUAGCCUGUUUGCAAGUUGCUUUUGGCUCAGCAAAUCUACUUCAAAGUACUUAGUCUAGUAACGGAGCUGUUGAAGCCAUUUUGCUUCCUGGCAUCCUCUUAGCACAGGCACCCCCAACCUUCGGCCCUCCAGAUGUUUUGGACUACAGUUCCCAUCAACCCUGACCACUGGUCCUGGGAAGUUGUAGGCCAAAACAUCUGGAGGGCUGCAGGUUGGGGAUGCCUUUCUUAGUACCACCAGGAAUAGUAUCUCUACUUAUUCUAGCUGCCCUGAACCAAGUAGGAGAAAUGGACUCUUGUGGAAAAAAUUGAGGCACUACAAUAGGUUAAACUGCAGCAGUUAAGUUUGGGGCAUCUUAUCCUGGAGUAAAUCUAGAUUUUCAAGUUUGAGACCGGGCACUGAACCAACCAAGAACGUGUAGGCAGGAUCUUGCUUGCCUAAUGCUAACUUAACAGCACUGACUGACUCUGCCAUGUUUAACCCUUGCUGUGCCCUCUCGAAAAUCUGUUGGUGGUGAAGAGGGGAUAAUGGAUCCAAAUUUCUCAAAGGCUUAAAAUUCUUUGGUUGGCAAUAAAAGUAGUAGCUUCAGGGCAGGACUUCUGUGCAAAGGCUUAGAUACUUUCAAAGAAACUAGAAGACACUGGGCUUCAGGGACACAGCUUUUCAAUCAAGUUGGCUCCCAAAGCAGCUUACAUUGAACACCCAGAACAUACACUAUAAUUAAGGGUGCAAAUUCAGAGGGGGGCUGUCCCUUCUCCAGAGAAAGGGAAGAGUGGUUCCAGGCAGACGUGGCUGGCAAUAGAGACGUAUAGCCCUCCCCAUUUCUCUGCAUUCUCUUUUGGCUCCUGACAGCACAGUCUUACUCAUUAUCUGGGUGCUGUUGGAGUAUUCUAAGGCAGAGGAGUCAUGUGGGGACUGCCUUGCAGCAGCACAUGCAAAUCUGGCUUUGCGCUUUCUCUGCUUUUCUCCCCAAGCAUGACCACCAGGCUUCCUGCUUUAGGUUCCGUGUGGAGGCAGGGAAAAGCCCGAGCUAAACUUGAAGAUGUCGGUUGCUAAAGAAAGUGGAAGUGACUGGGCAUGUGGCCGAUUUCUCCUCGCCUGCCCACAGAGCCACGCCUCUGGAAUCCUCCCUUGCUUUGGGCUGGGUAGCUGUGCAGCGUUGGCAGGCUGAUGUGUCAAGCUACUGAAAUAUGUUUUGGAAUAUUUGAGCAAGUCUGGCUUGGCUGUGCUUUACUUGGUGGAAAUGUUCGUCCAAAACAGUGCAGUCUACCACUCAGUGUCGAUUGUAAAGCAAAAGCUGUUCUCCCAGCUUAGCAGACGGAUGGUAUAGUUGUCACGCCUUAACCGGUUGGCAGUAGCUUUCACUUGCAGCACGGAAGUCAGCUCUGAAAAGGACCUGCCCAAGUAAACAUAUUCUGCACUCUUCUGCAAAUUUCCCCAGCAUUGUGGCUUUAAUGCACCGGUCGGUUUUUUGUUUGCAGAUCCGGGAGUGCAGAGCUUUCAGGCUUUCAGAUUGCUUUGUGUGCCAGUUUAUAGAGGAGUACCUGCUGACAGGAUACCACCUUGAUACAGGUUUGCUUCAAGACAUUAGUUAAUAAAUAACAGCUGGCAAUUUUCCCCAGUUGCUUCCAGUGCUAGUCUUCUGUUCCUACGUCCACAUUUUCUGUUGCAGUAAUUGAACAAGUUGCCUCUUCCAACGGCCACCUUCUUAGUUUCACUUAGCACAGGGUAGUGGUUCUCCCAUCACCACCACCUCCAUUGGAAGCGCUGGUAGAUCGUGAAUGAAAGAGCAAAACCCGAGGGCUCCCUUGGUUUAAUGUUGCCGGUUGUUUCUCUCUUACACAGGAAUGCAUUCUGUCUGGCAUCAUGUCGGUGAAUGGGAAGAAGGUUCUGCACAUGGAUCGCAAUGCUUACUAUGGAGGUGAAAGUGCAUCUAUUACACCCCUGGAAGAUGUGAGUAUCGCCAGGCAGCUUUAUGUUGUGAAUACUCGGAUUCUGCUGAAUUUCUCUGCCGAAAUUAGACAAAACUAAAGCAGCAUUAAUUUGCAUGGUGUUGCUUUACUCUGUCCCUGCCCCACCAAGCUUACCAGUUAAAACGGGUAGGGAGCUUGGAUUCCUCCAGACAUUGUUGGGACUACAGUUCUUCAUCCCAGACCCUGCUAGCUGAGGCAAGCGGGAGUCGGGAGAAACACGGGCUAUCCACCCCGAUUUAAAACACAGGAUGCAACUGAGGCAUGGCUAGGGAGUCGGGGGGAUUCAUAUAAAUUUGGUCCACUUGCAGACCCAUCUGCCUGGUGCUUCAUCCUUGUGAAGAGAGAGCAUCCUUCACAAGUAAUAGACCUCCAUCAUUGUGCAGGGCUCUGCAGAGUUCAAGAGGGCCUAGGGGGCUUGCAGGCUAUAAAUCAGUGCAGGAGACAACAGGAAGUUGUGGGGGAGAGAUGGCGUAAAUUAGAAAGGCAUGUGUUAUUUCAGCUUCAUGUAUCGAACCUCGUCAUGCUUGAACAUGAAGCCUAAGGGGUGGUUCCAGAGGCUUCAUGGAAGAAGGUAGGUUUUUGAGGAGGGAAUUGAAAGGGGGUGGGUGGCUGUUUGGAAUUGGGCCCACCAGAACUUACACACUUCCCCUGUGAGGCUGUUCUGGUCAGGCCACGCCCACCUGCUCUACAUCUGAUGACAUCAGGGGCAGGGCAGGUAACUGUACAGCUGGGCCAAUGAGAGUUUGCAGGCCCCACUGAUCAGUUGAUUGGCAGCACCUGUAAAGCCCUAGACUCACAGUGCUUUAGAAGCAGAAACAAUCAACUAAUUGGUGGGCCCUCGUGGUGUUCUGUGCAUGGCACUUUGCAAGCCCUGAUCCGCUCACUCAGUAGCAGUCUGGUUUUUGCAUCUAGCACUCUGGGGCAGGAUUUGAGUAGGUGUUGCGGAACCGCAAAGUAGUAGGUAGCUUGAUUACUUAGUUAGCUUACACACAGGAUUUAUGUAGCCCUCUUGGAACGUCGGGCCCCUUAUAUUUGCAGCUAAUGCUAGAUUCUCAAGUUGCUACAGUGGAUUUAUUAUCAAUCUGUGUAUGUAAUUCUGCAGCAAGGCUGCUGAAAAAGUUCGUUUUUGCCUUCAGUAUCCUAAAUAGGCAGAUUUUCCUCUGAGCAAAUCUGGCUUAAUUGGCAUAAAAUGGCUUCUGGUUGCAUUAGUCUGCAGAUCAUCUGAUAGGCUUUUCUCUAAUGUGAAAGGCUCAGGGGUGGGGUGGACAAAGCUUCUAAACCGGAGGACUGUCAUACCAGCCGCUCCUGGCUUGGUACUGCCAAGCACUGCACUCCCGUAUAGGCAGAGCAGCAAGGAGCCUGUCAAAUCCAAAUUCUGGAAUUAACUUGCAUAAAUAUGAAACUUGCAUAGGUUUCCCAUCUUGUCUUUGCAGCAGCUUUCAUUUGCAGAAUGUUUAUUUUCAUCAUAUUGAAGGGCUCUAAGGCUAAGCCAUGUCCUUCCCUAGAUUUAUUUGUGACAAUAAACCACCCCACUCAUAUAAAAUGCCAAGCCAUACAACAGAAUAUGAAAUGUCAUAGAAACAACAAAGAAUAAUCACACAAACGGCUGACACAUCAAUAACUGAAUUGGCCCGUUAGCAUAAAAAGGUGUUCAGGCAGUGAGGACAUCUGUUGAAGCUCUUCUGAAAGGGACUCCCACAGCUUGGGAUAGGUAGCACUAAAUACCUGACUUCUAGGUGAAUAAUAAUAAUAAUUUAGUAUUUAUACCCUGCCCAUCUGGCUGGGUUUCCCCAGCCACUCUGGGUGGCUUCCAACAGAAUAUUAAAAUACAAUAGUCUAUUAAACAUUAAAAGCUUCCCUAAACAGGGCUGCCUUCAGAUAUCUUCUAAAAGUCUGGCAGUUGUUUUUCUCUUUGACAUCUGGUGAGAGGGCGUUCCACAGGGCGGGCACCACUACCGAGAAGGCCCUCUGCCUGGUUCCCUGUAACUUGGCUUCUUGCAGUGAGGGAACCGCCAGAAGGCUCUCGGCGCUGGACCUCAGUGUCCAGGUAGAACGAUGGGGGUGGAGAUGCUCCUUCAGGUAUACUUGACCAAGGCCGUUUAGGGCUUUAAAGGUCAGCACCGACACUUUGAAUUGUGCUCGGAAACGUACUGGGAGCCAGUGUGAAGCCUGUUGUGCUUCUGAAACAUGGAUGACUUCCCAGUGGUCCUCUGGGUGGUCUUGGCGAUGGAGCAAUCUUUAAGGUGUCCUGACCCAGGCUGUUCAGGGCUUUGUACAGUGGUGCCUCGCAAGACGAAAUUAAUCCGUUCCGCGAGUCUCUUCGUCUUGCUGUUUUUUCGUCUUGCGAAGCACGGCUAUUAGCGGCUAUUAACGGCUUAGCGGCUUUAAGAAAAAGGAAACAAACUCGCAAGACGUUUCGUCUUGCGAAGCAAGCCCAUAGGGAAAUUCGUCUUGCGGAACGACUCAAAAAACGGAAAACUCUUUCGUCUUGCGAGGCAUUCGUCUUGCGAGGUACCACUGUAUAUUAAUACAAGAACCUCGAAGCUAGCCUGGUGGUGCCUGGGUAGCCAGUGCAGAUUUUCGCAGAGGUGCCCCAUCCUGUCAGCUGCUUACCCCAUCAGCGGCCAAGCUGAUGCAUUCUGCACCAGCUGGAACUUCUGGACCAAAGAUAUGUAGGGACCACUCACAUAGAGCACAGGCUUGAUGUUACCUAUGCAGGAGCCAAGUGGUCCUGAUCCGAUUGUAGCUGGUGUGCAGAUGAAGCUGGUAAAAGGUACGUAUUCCUACAGCAGCAAUGCAUCCAGAAGUGCCCCCAAGAUUCCCAGGAUGGCAUCUGGGACUAGGGAUGGAGAGCUGAUAUGUAGGACAAUUGGGUGGACUCAGCUGAGCUAGAAGUCUUUGCCUGGGGACCCUCUACAUGCUCUUAAGCACUCAGUUUGAAUAGCCCUGACUUUCUCAGUUAACAGACCUUCCUGCAGGCAUAACCACAGUCCUAACCGCACAACUUCUUGUCUUCAAAGCUGUACAAAAGGUUUAGCCUGCCGGGAACUCCACCGGAGUCCAUGGGCCGAGGAAGAGACUGGAAUGUGGACCUGAUCCCCAAGUUCCUUAUGGCGAAUGGUGAGUGGCUGGCAUCUUCCUUGGUGGCCUUCUCUAAAACGUCAGGUUUCUUCCCUUUAUUUUAAUGCCACAAAUACCUGAAUAGGUUGCUCUCCUCUGCAUGCUAGUCUUCCAGCGCCCCUCCCCAGAGUUAGAUAUUAGUGCCUCCCUUUAGGUAUAUCCCUUUUCAGACAGUACUGGGACACAGUUAACUUAUAGGCACUACUUUCAAGUAGGGCUGGGUGAUAUAUCAGUAAAUUGUCCCAAACCAGUUUGAAGUCCAUAUCGUGAUACUGGUUUCAUGAUUUUUGACUUGGCAAUAUAUCGCAAAUCAGUGUGUGUGUACGUGUGCUUUACAAAAAUCACAAAGUGGGAAAAACCAUGAAGCCAGCCAAUGUUUCUCUUGAUUUCUGCAGCCCCUGUUAACUCAGCCAGUUCAGCUCUCCCCUCCCCGGUAGCGAAUCACAAGCAGGAACCAGCAAAAAUGACGCAGGAAAAACCGUGAAGCCAACCAGUGCAUCUACAUAGCUCCAUCCUUAUUUCAGAUAUCGUGAUAUAUUCAUAUAUUGCAAUGUUUAGCUGGUGACAUAACAUGAUGUUGACAACCAUAUAUUGCUCAGCAUUACUGUUCACCUGUACAUAGUUCCACCCUUAUUUCAGACAUUGUGAUAUAUCAAUAUAGCGCGAUGUUUAGCUGGUAAUAUAUUGUGAUACUGAAGACCAGCUAUUGCGCACCCCUGUUUCCAAGUUGGCUGUCCUAGGGAUCCACUGCCGUAGCUUGCAUAUUUGCAUAGCGUCUGUGUUACAAUGGGUAGUAUAUACCCUCAUAUAAGCAGAGCCGCCGCCUUAUGGCCUUUUCCAAAGGGGUACAGAGUUGCUUAUUUGGGUGGGCUGCCGCAGGCAGAGUGCCUCGCUGUGUCAUCCAUCCUCAGAGAAGUUUGGUCCUGGCCGAAAGCACAGAUAGCCUUCCCCUCCAGUAAUGAGCCUAAGCCUGCCACUGCCCACUACAAGCCAAGUUAGGCUCCUAGCUGCUGUGGAGACUAACCUGGCCUUGAGUGCACUGCAACCACCUUGAUUGCUAGGUGGUCUGCGGCCCCAAUGAUUUUUUUAACUGGCCGUAACUGUUCGAUUAAAGCGGGAGCAGGAAAUAGCCGUGGCUCUCCAGCUCCCAUCAGACUGAGCCAGGAAGCUAAAGGUCAGGAAUGAUGAUUUUGGGGGCUACUGGUCCCCCAUCUCUGAAUUAAGCCAAGUGCAGGGCUUAAUCUGCAGGGCUGGGUUUUGUUUUGUUUUUACAAAAAAGAGCAUGCUGAGACCUUCAGUUCUCUUAGUCCUAUAACUGUCAAGUGUACUGUAGCUGAAGUUCCAGAAUCCUGUGCAACUCUUAGCACAUGUAAUUUUGUAAGCAGUGCCAACAACCGUAUACUCAGAAGUAUUUUCAGGCAGCCAUUUUCUUAAACAAGUGAAUACGUGGUUUGACUGGUCAUCCAGGGUCUUUCAAUGUAUCUUCUUCACCUGUGUCGCCUCCAGCUGACUCGUAUUCAUUAAACUUGCUUUGGUUUCAGGCCAGCUGGUCAAGAUGUUGCUGUACACAGAAGUCACUCGUUACCUGGACUUCAAAGUGAUUGAAGGAAGCUUCGUCUACAAGGGAGGAAAGAUUUACAAAGUCCCUUCGACUGAGGCAGAAGCCCUGGCGUCCAGUAAGGAGAUGGAGCUUUCACAGUACUCUUCUGGCUUUCCCCACCAGAGUUCUAAGAUCCGGAGUCCAAAAUUAUUGCGUUCAAACUUCUUGCACUCCUGGGAAAUGCUUGAGGGAUAUUCACCGGAGCUUUGUUCAAAAGUGUAGAACAGAUUAGUACAAAAGACCGAGUCUGGUUUUAACAUAUAAGCACUAAACUGACUUUGCAGUGUUUGAAUUCCCUGGUACAGCUUCACCAUAAAUGGAUGGAUCUGUGUGACAGAUUCUUAUUUAUUUAUAAAAAAUAUUUAUAUGCUUCUGUACCAUAAGAGUAUACCAACUGAAUAUAUGAGAACUUAUGUCUAUACAGGCUAGCGGAAGUAUUCCUAGCGUGCCAUUUUUAAGAAUAACGUUUUUCACUUCUUACAACAUAUAAAACAGGGAUGAGUUCAAAGGUCUGGUGCUCAUUCACUUUCCCAGCAACUAUUAGUCAGAUGGUCCAAUCUGCACUCCUUAAUGCCAUUCAUAGACUUAGCUUAUAGUGAGGCUUAUAAUGAGAUAUCUAUGCUAAAACGAUCACUAUCUUGCAUAUUAAUGGUCCCAUAAUAAAUUUCAAAAAGCUUUUUGCAGUCUAAUAGCACUUGCCAUGGGUCACUCCUAUUACAUGCCUGUUCACACCUUCAAAUAAUUCUGAGGUUUGGGGCCUAUGAAUUGGUGGUAAAUCACUUGCUUUUGUUUGCAUAAGGCCCCAGGGCCAGUCCCUGGAAAUUAGUAACUUGAAGGCUCUCUAGUAGCAGAGCUAGGGAGUACUGCCUCAGCUCUUGGGUCGCUUUUCCUCAUUGGUAUAAACUAGGAAAGCUAAUGGUCUCACUUGGUUUACGGCCACAUGCUCAGAUUUGUGAGGUGAAUCAGCCCGCCUUCAAACGAGGUUUAUUUUUGCCCUGGUAGAAGGAAUCGCUGCUCUGGAGCUUGCCAAUAGCAGAGCAAUGCUCCUGGUCUGAAACACACUACUUACAUUCCCAGAUCAGGCCUGGCAGUUUUUGUGAGAACAGACUGUAAUGGCCAAAAAAGGUGCAGAUGCAGUAUCUUUGCAGAUAGCUGCUCUUAAGCUUCUGCGUGUUUGCUGGUGGGCAAGGGAGAAAACCAUGUGCCAAAUUUAGCUGGGUGUCUUCUGAGGAGAGGUAGUUGGGGAAACCAAACUGGAGAAGGCCCCAGCUUCCAGCCUUGUUCCGACCAUUUUUUCUCUUCACUGGAAGAGCUUGCAAUAAAUUGGUACUUGCUGGAAUUUGGUGAGUAGUCCUUGCAGGAGUUACCGUAUUUUUCGCCCUAUCGGACACACUUUUUCCCCUCCAAAAAUGAAGGGGAAAUCUGUGUGUGUCCUAUAGGGCGAAUGCAGGCUUUCGCUGAAGCUUGGAGCCUGCCGCCCGGCGCGCGGGGCGCCCUGAAGCAGAGCGCCCCUCGCGCCGGGCAGAUAUCCGCAGCCUGGGGAGCCCUGCGGGAGUUCCCGCAGGGCUCCCUAGGCUGCGGAUAGCAGCCUGCUGCACGGAGCGUGGGGCGCGCUGAAGCAGAGCGCCCCGCGCUUCGGGCAGACAUUGUCCCCAAGCUCGGGGGACAGCGGGGAGGCACAGUGCCGCCAUACCGCUGUUCCCUGACCUGGUUUGGUUUCCCCGACCUGGUUUUGGGGGGGGAAAUAAAGGGGAAAAAAAUUUCCUUUAUUUUCCCCCCCAAAAAACUAGGUGCGUCCUAUGGGACGAAAAAUACGGUGCCGUAUUUUAUUGGCUGGCUGACUUGUCCCAAGCAUCUUUCGCUUCUCCCAGCCAUUGUUGGACCUUCAGCUUUUUGUGGCUACAGCACUCAAAAAAAGCCUUGCCUUUUUUGAGUACGGCCUGACAGUGCCUCAGUUUCGAUGCUUACCUAAACUGUAGCGGCGGUGUUCCUGAAAUGCAAGUCCAGUAACUUAUCCCAGGUUGGUGCUGAACCUGCCCCCCCUUGUGGAUCCAGAAGAAGUUUGCAGCCUAACUUUCAGACAAGGCUCUGUUUUCUGACCUGUCUCCUUGUUUUGUAGGUCUGAUGGGCUUGUUUGAAAAAAGGCGCUUCAGGAAAUUCUUGGUGUACGUUGCCAACUUUGAUGAGAACGAUGCCCGCACUUUCGAAGGUGUUGAUCCCAAGAAGAACACGAUGCGGGAUGUCUACAAGAAGUUUGACCUGGGCCAGGAUGUCAUAGAUUUCACAGGCCACGCCCUUGCACUGUACAGAACUGAUGAGUAAGUGGCAGAGAGAGAGAGAGAGAGAGAUGCCUGUUCUGGGUGGGGUUUCACUCUUCCUCAAGAGACAGGUGUGCAGUAGUGCGAGGGUGCUUCUUGUUCCAUGGCUUACGGCUCAAGCGGCCUCCAUGUCUGGAAGCCCCUUUUGCCAGCUUUGGCCGGUUCAGCAGCUGUGAGCUACAGGAUUGAGACCGCUCAGCCACAAUGGCCCAACUGGACUGUUGCAAUGUGCUUUAUGUGGGGCUGCCCCUAAGGCUCAUCCAGAGGCUGCAGCUGGUGUAAGAUAUUGCCGUCUGGCUGUUGAUAGGAGCUGGUUGUUGACAACAUGGGACAUUACUGCUGAAGAAUCUGCCCUGCCUGUCUGUACGCUACUAGACCAAAUUGUUUUUUUAAAUAUAUCUUUAUUAAUUUAAAAUAAAUACAUUUAUGAAAAACAGACAUACAUACAAGUAUACAAACAUACAAUCAAACAAACAAAUUACAGAAAAAUCAAACAAACCACCACACUAUAAGAUAUAAGAAUAUAAUUAUCAUCAUAUAUACUCCUGGUAUUGAAAACAAUUAUAAAAUUUAUAGAAAAGAAAUUUAAAACUGACUUCUAGUUAAUCUCACUGUACUGUUACUGGACCAAAUUUAAGGUCUUGUUUCAGGCCUUUGGCUGGUUAACAUUCUACAGUCUUUUAAAUGUAUUUUGGGGUGACGUGGUCAUUGGUUUAUAUUUGUUUUAUCCUGUAUUUUGUAUUAUGUUGUGAACCGUCCUGCAAUCUUCUAAUGAAGAACAAUAUACAAAUUUAAUUAGUAGCAGUAGUAAUGUAAAGCCAAAAAACCUACCUGAAGGACUGUCUUUCUCCAUACAUUCCUGCCUGUUUUUGAGAUCUGGGGAAGCAUGACAGCUGCUUGGUCACAAGAAAGGGACCAUUUAGCGUGGUAGGGCUUAUAUUGUGGAAUUAACGGGGCAGGUUUCUUUUCUGUGUUUUGGUGCCAGCUUCAAACAUUUUUAUUUACACAAGCUCGCACUGACCCAAUUCUAUAUUCUUCUGAUGAUCUGCAUUUUACAAUGCCCCCCCCCAAUCUAGUGGUAUAGAAAUGUGUAACUUUUAAAAAGUGCUCAUGAGAAAUAUCUUGUGUGCUAAGAUUUAAGAGAGGCUUUUGUGUUCUAGUGCAGCGCAUAACUGAAGUUUGAGUUGGUGGAGAAACAUCUAAAGGAAGAGUGGAACUGAUUCAUUUAUUUUAUUACACAAAAUUUAUAAAACCCUCAAGCAGUUUACAAAAAACCAUAAACCAAAGUGGUUAUUAAGAAAACUUAACAAUAAGACUUAAGUUAAAAUAAUGGUAGACCAAAAACAUUAAGACUCUCAUCACUAAACCUCUUUAGAUGUUUAGACAUAGAAGUGCAGAGAAACGCACAAAGGCUGUGAUCAAGCCAGGUGUCUGAAAAGCUGAUCCUCAUUAUAUAAACUCUCCUCUUCCCCUCAGCUACCUAGACCAACCCUGCCAAGAAACAAUCAACAGGAUUAAACUGUACAGCGAGUCUCUGGCUAGAUACGGCAAAAGCCCCUACCUGUAUCCCCUUUAUGGCCUGGGAGAGCUGCCCCAAGGAUUUGCAAGGUGAGAGAACCUUUCUUUCCUUUUUCCUUUUCGGCAAGUGGUUCCACUGAAUUGCCUAUCCAUUCUCUGCACUCGCAGGCUUUGGGGCUCCCUUCCUUUCUGCUUCCAGGCCCCUCUUAAUUUUUCUAUGGAACUGACAUCCAGCUGGCAGAGGAAUUGUCUGCCACUGGGAGGAUUUUCCCUUGGGAAAUCAAUGGGCAGCUGCUGCCUUUACCAUGGGCCUCCUCAGCGAGAGGCUGGGCUGCGUGGGACCCAUGUGCAAAGCCAAUUGCCGGACCCAUAAGAGGCUUGGGGGGGACAGCCUUCUCAGUGAGUUGUGUGGCUGGAGCACACAGCCACCUGCGCGGUGAAAAUGGAGAGAAAGGGAAUGAGUUGCUGCUAGUCCUCAGUACAAGGACGCGGGUGGCGCUGUGGGUUAAACCACAGAGCCUAGGACUUGCCGAUCAAAAGGUCAGCGGUUCGAAUCCCUGCAACAGAGUGAGCUCCCGUUGCUCGGUCCCUGCUCCUGCCAACCUAGCAGUUCGAAAGCACGUCAAAGUGCAAGUAGAUAAAUAGGUACCGCUCCGGCGGGAAGGUAAACGGCGUUUCCGUGCGCUGCUCUGGUUCGCCAGAAGCGGCUUAGUCAUGCUGGCCACAUGACCCGGAAGCUGUACGCCGGCUCCCUCGGCCAAUAAAGCAAGAUGAGUGCCGCAACCCCAGAGUCGGCCAUGACUGCACCUAAUGGUCAGGGGUCCCUUUACCUUUAGUCCUCAGUACAGCCACUUUGGGCAUAGACAAAUGGGUGCAAUCUAGGCCUUUUUUUCUAAAGAUCAAGGCAUGGUAUAAUACCCUCCCAGCAGAGUUGCCUGCAAGCAGGGGCGUAGGAAGGGGGGUGUCAUCUUUGAGGGGGGUCGGCACUUAGCGUGGGGCCUGACCUGCAGCACGCCCGAAUCACGCAUCUCUCCUGGGAGUGAUGUGGUGGCUUGGGGCCCCCCUCUGCCUGAAACGGCAGCGUGGGGCUUGCCAGGCAGUCUCCGUGGGCGACUCGGCGUGCCGCUCCUGUGCGCCAAUCACCAUACCGGCCCCGUGUGGCGCCCCCCUGUGCGGCUCACCCGGCCUUCACCGCUCUGGGUGCUGGAGCAGCUAGCUACACCCCUGCCUGCGAGUAAAGGCAUUAUUCCCCUUGUCUGGCUCAGAUUCCUUUUCCUGGCAAACACGGGGCUUCCAAACUUAUCGCAGAGUCAAAUCCUUCCAGUUCCAAUAAGCCAAUCUAGGAAAGAGCUUCUCCAUUGCCUUUUGCGUACAAUUUUCCAUACUUUGGAUACACUUUUGUUGCUGUUUUGUCGUUUACUCGUGUCCGACUCUUCGUGACCCCCUGGACCAGAGCACGCCAGGCCCUCCUGUCUUCCACUGUCAAACUCAUGUUGGUCUCUUCGAGAACACUGUCCAACCAUCUCAUCCUCCAUCAUCCCCUUCUCCUUGUGCCCUCCAUCUUUCCCAACAUCAGGGUCUUUUCCAGGGAGUCUUCUCUUCUCAUGAGGUGGCCAAAGUCUUGGAGCCUCAGCUUCAGGAUCUGUCCUUCCAGUGAGCACUCAGGGCUGAUUUCCUUCAGAAUGGAUGGGUUUGAUCUUCUUGCAGUCCAUGGGACUCUCAAGAGUCUCCUCCAGCACCAGAAUUCAAAAGCAUCCAUUCUUCGGCAAUCGGCCUUCUUUAUGGGGGGACCUUUGUUGGCAAUGUGAUGUCUCUGCUUUUUAAGAUGCUGUCUAGGGGGCGGCAUGCUCCUUCCAUAGCCCGCCCCCCAGCUGUUGGCAGGGCUGUGGGCCUGUGGGUCUCAGCUGCCUGAACUUGUGUUCAGUUCAGUUUACCAGCUGGACAUAGAAUCAUAGAAUUGCAGGCUUGGAAGGGACCCCGAGGAUCAUCUGAUCCAGUGGUUCUCAACCUGUGGGUCCUCAGAUGUUGUUGGACUACAACUCCCAUCAUCCCUGAGCCUUGCUAGCUAGGGGUGAUGGGAGUUGUAGUUCAACAACAUCUGGGGACCCACAGGUUGAGAAAGGCUGAAUUCUAACCCAACCCCCUGCAAUGCAGGAAUAGGCAGCUGUCCCAUACAGGGUUCAAACCUGCAACUCCGGCACCGCGCUGAGCUGUGUUACUUCAUUGGCAGGUUAAGCGCUAUCUACGGAGGCACCUACAUGCUGAACAAACCGAUUGAAGAGAUCGUCAUAGAAAACGGCAAAGUGGUUGGAGUGAAAUCAGAAGGGGAGGUACAGUAAUGCGGCUUUGUUUUUCUCUUCCGCUCAAAACUUCUUUGCCAUUCGCUGGCUCCUCUGCUGGGAUGUGAAAACAGGGCUGAAAAGCUCCAAGUGAUAGAUCUGCAGGUCCCGGUUGGGUUUGUGCUUGAAUGCAGUUAUCACCCUUGGCCAAACUGGUGGCAGAAUUAACACAAAUGGAGUCAUUCAGGUCUCACUUCUCUGGGUGCCCCUGCCUCCCCCUUCUUUAUAGCAGCUUCGACAAGUGGGCUGUGCCCCACAGAAACUUAUGCCAUGGGAUUUCAAGCUUCCACAGGUUAACAUGGCUGCUUCCCUGAAACGUCAUCUGCGAACUUCACGAAGCAUAACUGAUAGAAGUUUGGGGUCAUCCUUUGUGUUCCUCUUCUCCUUUCUCCCCACACCAAGUUGGGGAAGGUGCUUGUUGGCAUCUAUAGAUGCUGGUGUUGAUGUAUUGCCCUGCUAAUGCUUCCCUCCGAGUAAUCUUGUUGCAGCAUUCCCAGCUAAGUUGAGUCUUUAGGGCAGCCUUCCUUGACCUUGGGUCCCGAGAUGUGGUUGGACUCCAACUUCCAUCGUUCCUUAGCCAGCAGGGCCUGUGCUCAGGGAUGACUGGAAUUGUAGUUCAAGAACAUCCAGGGACCUAAAGCUGAGAAGAAGGCUGCUCUGGGUUGAAACUGCUGAGGGCAUAACUAUUGAUAGAAAGCAGGCGCAUGCGCGCGCAUGCGCACGCGCACACACACACACACACACACAGCAUUGAAAAGGCCCCAGGACAUGUUCAGUUGGGUGGUGAGGGAGGGUUGACUACGGGAUGUCAAUGCCUAACAACUGCUGUGGCAGGUGGAUGUUGCAGGGGUCAGCAACCUUUUCCAGCAGGGGGCCAGUCCACCAUCCCUCAGACCUUGUGGGGGGCCAGACUAAAUUCCUAUGCCCCACAAAUAACCCAGAGAUGCAUUUUAAGUAAAAACACACAUUCUACUCAGGUAAAAACACCAGGCAGAUCCCACAAAUAACCCAGAGCUACAUUUUAAAUAAAAGGACACCGUCUACUCAUGUAAAAACACACUGAUUCCCGGACUGUCCGCGGGCCAGAUUGAGAAGGCGAUUGGGCCGCAUCUGGCCCACAGUUCUUAGGUUGCCUACCCCUGGUUAGAGUCUCAGUGUGGGCAAAGGAUGGGCACAAAUACUAUCCAAGGCACUCUUUGUCCUUGCCAAAGCAUUUCUUAAUUCUUUCCUACUCUGCUUACUAGAAAGUAGCAUUCCUGCGUGCAGAUUUAGAAGCAGCAGGGCCCAGGAGGAGGCUGGUUGUGUCGCUGACCCUUCACUGCCCUUCCCAGCAGAGCAGAAUUGGAGCAAACUUAUAUCCCGCCCAUCUGUCUUGGUUUUCCCAGCCACUCUGGGCAGCUCCCAGCAGAGGACUAAAAACAGAGUAAAACUUCAAACAUUAAAAGCUUCCCUAAACAGGGCUGCCUUCAGAUGUCUUCUAAAAGUCAGAUAGUUGUUUGCUUCCUUGACCUCUGAUGGGAGGGUGUUCCACAGGGCGGGUACCACUACCGAGAAGGCCCUCUGCCUGGUUCAAAUGGGGUGUGGCAGCUGUAUCAGACAGGCGCUGGCUGAGCCACUCUUGCAGUAUUCUUGUUGAUGAACCUUGACAUCCAGUCCAUUUGAAAACAAAAUGCCCCCUAAACCGGUGCCUCCUCCCCUGCAGAUUGCCCGCUGCAAGCAGCUCAUCUGCGACCCCAGCUAUGUCCCGGAGAGAGUGAAAAAGGCCGGCAAAGUCAUCCGGGUCAUCUGUAUCUUGAGCCACCCAAUCAAGAACACCAACGAUGCCAACUCGUGCCAGAUAAUCAUUCCCCAGAACCAGGUUAACAGGAAAUCGGGUAAGCUUGGAAGAUGAGGUUGGUUUGCUUGAGGCAUACGGCACCUGCAGCCUCUCUUGUUGAUGUGUCGUGUCAUGAGCGAGUGACCCAAGACAAACCCCAGUAGGAACUGCUAAAAAAUGAGUGGUGUGUUGAUGGCUUUCUUCUUAUUUAGACUACACUGAGGUGAGAUUGACAGGUGGCAUAAACCAGCAGAUUCCUUCUGGGAUUAGACAUUUCCUGGAAGACCGCAGCCAUUUUCAUUGACCAGACACACCUACCGUAUUUUUCGCUCUAUAAGACACACCUUUUCCCUCCUAAAAAGUAAGGGGAAAUGUGUGUGCGUCUUAUGGAGUGAAUGUAGGCUGCACAGCCAUCCCGGAAGCCGGAACAGCAAGCAGGAUCACUGCGCAGUGCUCCCUCUCGCUGUUUUAGCUUAGCCGUGCAAAGCCUCCUCAGGGCAGUGGGAGCCUUCAUCCCGCUGCCCUGAGGGAGGCUUCGCGCGGCUAUCCCAGAAGCCAGAACAGUGAGAGGGAUCACUGCGCAGCGAUCCCUCUUGCUGUUCUAGCGUCAGGCUUAGCCCCUCAGUCCCUUCCCCCACCUCCCAGAAAAGCCCCCAAGAGCUGCGCUCCCUUUCACGAGCCGCAUGGAGCGUGUGCGGCUCUUGGGGGCUUUUCCCUGAGGAGGCAGAAGGGCAGACCAUCAGUAACGGGCUGCCCUUCUCACUCCUGGGGAAAAGCCUGCAAGCGCCGCUCACACGUUCCACGCUGCUUGUGAAAGGGAGCGCUGAGCAGAGCCUGGGAUGCAUACAGGCUCAGCUCAGCACUCCCUUUAAAGAAUUUUUUUCCCUUGCAUUCCCCCUCUAAAAACUAGGUGCGUCUUAUGGUCAGGUGCAUCUCAUGGAGCAAAAAAUACGGUAAUUCUGUAGAGGAGCAAAGCUUUGUAUUGUUAUCCUUUUGAAGCUGUUUUUGGGAUAAUUGGAUUUUGUAGAAAAUGAUGGAGUAGGAGCAGUGGUUCGGUUUCUUGUUAACAGAUUUCUCAGGCUUCUGCCUCUGCACUGCGCAGCCUCUUUUUCCAAGUUCUUUUCUCCUUACUGUAUUGUUUCAGAGAAUGCUCAUGUUAUCUAUAUUUUGUGUUUGCGUGAAGCAUUUUUGACACACCCUUCGGUUGAAAAAAGGCUUCCAGGGCUGCUUGCAGAUGUCAGCAAUAAGACAGUUUAGACUUCCUGUUUGUGACCAAAAAAAGAGAGAGAUUGGGAGGGAGGAGGAAAAGCAAACUCUGGCGCUGUUUCUUGGUAAGGGAAUUCUUGUAAUGACCAGCGGGAAUGGAAGAGUUUUAAUAGAUCUCUUGGUGCUAAUGAAUGAGACUGACUUAUAACUGGAUAAAAUCCCUAAUACUUGACACCUCGGUCUAGAUUUGAGGGUCCAAGUGGAGCUCUUUACAUGCUUGUGUCUGGAUCCUUCCCGCGGCAUCAGUGCUCUUGCUAACUUAUAGAGCUCUCCUAACAGAUACUCCUGGGAUGACUUCCUGUUCUGGUGGGCUGGGCACACUCUACAGCGCCUGAGCUGCUGUGUUUCUGCUGCAAGUCUUAAUUCAGCCGCGUGUUGCAACGGGGAUAGCGAAGCAGCUCAAGCCAGAAACGGGGUCCCCUGACUCCUGCCCCUUUUGUCUCUCUUAGACAUCUAUGUCUGCAUGAUCUCGUCCGCGCACAACGUGGCAGCGCAAGGGAAGUACAUCGCCAUUGUGAGCACUACCGUGGAGACGAACGACCCAGAGAAGGAGAUCAAGCCUGCCUUGGAGCUCCUUGAGCCUAUUGAGCAGAAGUAAGGUUCCCCUGCUCCACACUCGCCAUCUUCGCUUGGAGCCACAGGGCCUGUUGAGCUCCGGAAGAGGGGUUCCUUGGCAGAGGAAAGCCACCCCCACACCUGCCAUGCAUUAUGGGUUAUUUGAGAAUACGUAUUCUAGGAACUGUGGGACGCGGGUGGCGCUGUGGGUUAAACCACAGAGCCUAGGACUUGCCAAUCAAAGGUCGGCGGUUCGAAUCCCCGCGACGGGGUGAGCUCCCGUUGCACGGUCCCAGAUCCUGCCAACCUAGCAGUUUGAAAGUACGUCAAAGUGCAAGUAGAUAAAUAGGUACCACUCCGGCGGGAAGGUAAAGGGCAUUUCCGAGCGCUGCUCUGUUUCACCAGAAGCGGCUUAGUCAUGCUGGCCACAUGACCUGGAAGCUGUACACCGGCUCCCUCAGCCAAUAAAGCGAGAUUAACGCCGCAACCCCAAAGUCGGUCACGACUGGACCUAAUGGUCAGGGGUCCCUUUACCUUUUAUUCUAGGAACUGCUUGUUUUGAGGCCACUUGUGGAGGGGUUCUGUGUGUGUGAAAGAGUCAAUUUCACUGUCAAACAGCUCUUACCAUCAAAGUUAUUUCUGUUGUUUAAUCUCCUUUCUUGUAACUUGGAGCCAUUGGUUCAGGUCCUAGCUUCUAGAGGAGGAGAAAAUAAGUUUGCUCCAACCUCCCUGAGAUAGCCCUUUAGAAACAUGCUUAAAAGUUUUUUUCAGAAUCGCCAUUAAAAGUGAUUUUUCUUUUCUCAUCUCCCCUAGGUUUGUUAGCGUCUGUGACCUGUUUGCACCAACUGACCUGGGCAGAGAGAGCCAGGUUUGUAUGAAUUGGGAAGCAAAAGACCAUGCGCCUUGGUGGGUGGGAUUGGAAGGGGGAAGCUUUGGCAGUAAACCCCCUUGCUUGUUACUUCUUCUAGAUCUUUAUUUCUCGCACCUACGACGCAACCACCCACUUUGAGACGACGUGUGAUGACAUCAAAGACAUUUACAAGAGGAUGAUGGGAUCAGAGUUCGACUUCGAAGAGAUGAAGCGGAAGAAGAACGAUAUCUACGGAGAGGAGGACCAGCAGUAACGGUGCUUUUUUAAGUCUUAACUUAGAGAUCUAAAUUGGCUGGUGUUGGGGGUGUGUGUUAUGUAUACACAGAGGGACUUAAGCGAGCACCGUAAGAAGUUCAAUAUUGUAAAAGCCUGCUUUUUGUAAUCAUAUCUCCUGAGAUUGAAAAGAAAAAAAAAAAGUCCUGCACUGGUGAAAACGCUCCUCCCCUCUUUGGAUAUAAUCAUGUGUUAAUUAUUCUUUAAACGAGGUUGCUGUGUCAAAAUUGGCAGAUACUGACGCCCUUGACUUUUUAACUGUUGCUAACUUGACUAAAGGAUGAGCAGAUGCUAAAAGUUCCCUUGCUGACCUAGAUUGUGGGGUGCACAAGCCCAAACCCCUAACACCCGCCUCUCUUUCUCCUGACCCCUUUGUAGUCCUCUCCCACCCUGCCUUCUCCACCCCCCCACCCUUUCCUUUUUGAUCUGUGCUCCAGUGAAAGCAAGAGGUGCCCUGCUGACCAUUUCCUCGUCUUUCUGCCAUGCUCCCUCUCUGCCCAGGAGACUCAUCCCAUCCAGUCUUAAACUUCAUCGCAAAGCUGCAUUAUGGCCAAAGCCCACAGCAACUGCAGCCACGUGGCAGGAUUUUCACCCGGUGUCCUCCUCCUCUUCCUCCCUCCCCUCCAGCCCCUCUCUUCCCACCUCCGCCCCUCUCCUUAAAAGCUUCUCAAAACGUUUACAUCUGUCGGGACACAACUGUGCCGCAAGGCUUUUUGUGUUUUCAAGGCGAUAAAACUAAUAAAAACAAAACUUGGUGCAAGAAUGAAACUCCAAAGCAGGCAAGGUUGUGUCUGUGUUUGUGCAAGUAUUUUUCUUCCCCCCUCUCCCUCUCUUCUGUACCACGUCUGGCUUCUCAAGUGGACCAAACUGCGCUGCAGUAUUGAUUUGAUGGAGCCUGUGGGGCUGCUUCUGUCUGGUGGGGAAGGCUCUAGAUGACUUCUGUACUGCCAAGUAAAGCCAACUUCUGGAAACGAGUUC